AUGGCGCCCAAGUCGAUCCUCUCCGUCAAUGCCGGAUCAUCAUCCGUCAAGCUCACGUUCUACACGUUCGAGAAGACGCCCAAGGAGAUAGCGAAUGCACAGAUUUCAGGAAUUACGGCUCCCCCGCAGACGCUGAAAUAUACCUGCGGAUCCAACACCCACAAAGAAACGCUCGAUGAGAAGCUGGGAACCCCCCAAGCUGCCUUCAAGAGUCUCCUGCAGCGCUGCUUAUCGGACCCUGCGCUAUCCGAGGUCGCCAGCACCGACGACUUGGCGUAUAUCUGCCAUCGGGUCGUGCACGGAGGCGAUUACGACCGUGCAGUGAUGAUCGAUGACGAGACCUACCACAAACUGGAGGAGCUCGAGGAUUUGGCUCCAUUACAUAACUACUCCGCGCUGGAAAUCAUCCGCAUGUGCCGGAAGGAUCUCCCGUCGGUCAGGAGCAUCACCUUCUUCGACUCGGCCUUCCACCAGACCCUGCCGGAAUUUGUGCGCACUUAUCCCAUCAACCAGAAAAUUGCGCGGGCAAACAAGCUCCGCAAAUAUGGAUUCCACGGCAUCAGCUACGCGUUCAUCUUGCGCUCUGCAGCUGAGUUCUUGGGAAAGCCGACGGACCAGACCAACCUGCUCGCAUUGCACCUUGGAAGCGGUGCAUCGAUGUGCGCAAUCAAGGAAGGGAAAUCGGUAGACACUACUAUGGGACUUACCCCCCUGGCUGGCUUGCCUGGUGCAACGCGUAGCGGGAGUAUCGACCCAUCAUUGGUGUUCCAUUAUACCAACGACGCCGGAAAACUGAGUCCCGCCAGCACCAAGGAAAUGCACAUCAGCACGGCCGAGGAUAUUCUCAACAAACAGUCCGGCUGGAAGGCGCUGACCGGCACGACGGACUUCUCCAAAAUCGCCGUCGAAAACCCACCUUCCGCAGAGCAUCAACUAGCGUUUGACAUCUUCGUGGACCGCAUCCUGGGCUACAUUGGCAGCUAUUUCGUCAAGCUGAGUGGACAGGUUGACGCAGUCGUGUUUGCCGGCGGCAUCGGCGAAAAAAGCACACUGUUGAGAAAGACCAUUAUCGAGAAGGCGCAGUGUCUGGGAUUCGCUAUCGACAAUGCUGCAAAUGAGAAAGGGCCUGCGGACGGUCAAGCGAUCAUGGACAUUUCGAAGAAGGGCGGCAAUGGCCCGCGCGUACUGAUCUGUCAGACCGAUGAACAGUAUGAGAUGGCACAUAGUUGUUUCUCGACUUAUGGGUAG